GAGGCUACGUGCAAAUUUUCCAGCCAAUUCCACAUUCUCCCCCACCCCACACGACAGACAAGUUUGAUCCAAGGGGCGGUUGGAUGUAGGUUUUCUUUAGCCAACACAAGAGAAAAGGCCACUUUGCAGGGAUGCCAGGCGCUACCUCAAUGCAGCUGGGCAAAACACUCAAAGUCGUAUUCUGACUUUUGAGGUUCGUGAAGGGUUCUGGAAUAAACCUGGACCUUAUUUUCGACUCUCAAGAGGGUCUACAACACCGUUCCCAGUCAUUUUGCGAUUCCAAAUGUUGUCUGCGUCUCCCAGAAGCAAAAAUAUUGCGGAUUCCAGAAAGCUGAAGGCAGUUUUGUCUCCUCUGACUGCCAGAUAUUCGGAGUCCGUUUGCUUGCUUCAACACAGCUAAACUGGCCAAAUGCACCAUCUACCUGUCACACCUUAAAGAGCGAGCUCCAGGCUCUUGCAAAUGAAGUACUGGCAAUGGAUUUAAUGUGUCAGAUUUUGGUUAUCCAGCUGGCUACAUGCACAGGAGCCGUGGCUCAGAGCAUUGAAGCUGCUGCUUCGCUGAUAGGGGUUGCCGGGGAGCAACUGAACCUGCCUUGCCAGUUCAUCUAUGAUGUUACCAAACUUCGCGUUGUACAGGCCACUUGGUUGAAGCGUGCAGGCAGGGUGGAUGAGAACAUCGCUGUGUACAACCCUCUCCUCGGGAUGAGUUACCCGACCAUGUCUGGGAGGCUCAGGUUCCACAACGCCACAUCUGGCAAUUGUACACUGACCAUCGACCCUCUGGAACUGGAGGACGAGGGCGCUUACAGUUGCGAAGUCAACGUCUUCCCUUCGGGGAAGUUUGAAUCUCAGACCAGACUCACCAUUCUAGCCAGGCCCGUCAGUAGCGUCAUCGCCAUGCCAACAAAGACUGGGUUGGCCCAGGCACCGGUUGCCAAUUGCACCGCAGCCAAAGGGAAGCCUCCAGCCAAUGUCACAUGGAUCGCGCCAUUCCCGGGGAAGGUGGCAUCAUCUCAGAGAGAAAAUCCCGAUGGGACAGUGACUGUCUUCAGUCAGUACAGAAUAGCGCCCAGUAGGAAGGCCAAUGGGCAGAAUGUGACAUGUACGGUGUCCCACAAUGCAUUAGUGGAUCCACUGAGCUUACCUGUGACGUUAUCAGUCCGAUACCCCCCGGAAGUGAGAAUUACUGGAUACGAUGGCAACUGGCACAUAAACCGACAGAAAGUUAGACUCAGGUGCCUUGCAGAAGCUAAUCCUCCAGCAACAAGCUAUCACUGGACAAUGAGCUCAGGUUCUGUUCCCAAACGCGCCCGCAUAGCAGGAGAUCACCUGAUCAUUGACCAAGUGGAUUAUUCUGUCAAUGGAACAUGGACGUGCGAAGCCUGGAAUGAUCUUGGCAAGGGGAAAGGAGAAAUUGUAGUUGAAGUGAGAGAACCAGACUCGCUCCAUGCAGGCAAGUUCUUCGCAUCCACAAUAGUGCUCAUUGUCACAGGAACCGUCAUAGGGGUCUUGAUCAUAAUCGUCUUAUUAGCCAUUGUGAUGGUGAAGAAAAGGCGACCAAUUGAGGACUGCGCAUCUAAAGCCAAGCUUCCUUCACAAAAGCGGAGCCAAAUUACCGUCUUUGCAACUCUAAACCUGAACAUGCUGGACGGUGCUAAUUCUUCGAAGAGGGAUGAUCGCGAAACUGAGGCGACAGUAAAUGCAGAUGUUAACGUUAAUUAGAGAGAGCCUUCCUUCGUUGAUCGAAUACUAAGCUUGCUAAAUAAUGGUCUGAUCUGUUGUUGUAACUGCUCAGUAAACAGAUGCAAUUAAAAUCCAACAAAAUAAACUCGUUAAAAAAC